AGCAACAGCCAAAAUUAAGCAGCAAAGUGUAUUCAAAGGGAUCUUCCUGCUGAAAAAGUUGGAAACCACGAGACUAGAUGGCUAGGAUUGUUAUGUUGCUUUCGCAGUGGCAUCAGAGAGUUAACUCCCUGCUCUGUCCUCCUGCUGUCUACACCUUAUCUGAAAGCCAGGUCUGGAGGAGCUAUAUAUUGAAGACAAUGUCUGGAAGCUUCUACUUUGUAGUUGUUGGCCACCAUGAUCAUCCAGUGUUUGAGAUGGAAUUUUUGCCAGCUGGGAAACCAGAAUCCAAAGAUCAUCAUCAUCAUCUGAACCAGUUUCUAGCUCAUGCUGCUCUCGACCACAUAGAUGAGAAUAUGUGGCUGUCAGACAACAUGUACUUGAAAACCGUGGACAAGUUCAAUGAGUGGCUUGUUUCAGCAUUUGUUAUGCAGAGCAUAUGAGAUGUAUUAUGCUUCAUGAAACAAGGUGUGACGAUGGAAUAAAGAACUUCUUUACUGGGGCACCUGGGUGGCUCAGGUUGGUUGAGUGUCCAACUUCGGCUCAGGUCAUGAUCUCACAGUUCGUGAGUUCGAGCCCCGCGUCAGGCUCCGUGCUGACAGCUCAGAGCCUGGAGCCUGCUUUGGAUUCUGUCUCCCUCUUUCUCUGCCCCUCCCCUGU